AUGCUUAUGCUCUGCUUACUGUAUGGCUGGCUGGCUGGCUGGCUGGCUAGGCUGGUUUGGGUAGGUUGCACGGGAAGUACAUAUUGGUGGAUGGGUGGAUUACAGUUGGAUAAUGGGAAAGAAGGAUUGGAAGGAUGGUGGGAUGAUCCUAGCAAACAAUUAAGUAGGAUCGCUUCGGGCGGGUUUUCCCCAGCAACUCGUUGCUUUUUCCGGGAGAUCUGCUUAUCGGUGGCGAAAAACAGGCUGGGGGUGCGGGCGGGUUUUGGAGGUGCUGCUUGUUGUGAUUUAUACUCCAUGGAUGGAAUUUCGAGAUCGAUCGAAGCUGUGAUUUUGCUGGCAAUUCAAUCGCAUCAGUCAAGUAAGGGGGUUAGUGACCGCAAUGGAAACGACAAGUAG